CUUAAUUCGGAGUUUAGCCUUUUCAUUUCGUCCUCCCCAGCUCCUCUCCUACCCCAACCUAAACCAUUAGAAAAAAUACUAAAUUAGUGAAUAAAUUAAUAAUAAAUCUGCGGAGGGUGUCUUUAAUGGUUGGUCGAAAGCUGAUAAUUUUGUGGUCAUUCUGAAGAAGAACAUACUGCAAUCCCGAAUCCAGUUCCGGAGUAUAAAAUAUUAUACUCGCAAAGAGGAUCAAUCAUUCCUAUUCACGGUUCAAGAAGGCCAUCUGAAUAAGUAGCCUUUGCGGCAAAUGCUAUUGUGAUACUUAUGCUCUACAACCAUCUGGAUAACCAUAACCGUAUUGAGUUUUGUCGGGUUAAAAGUUUAAAUGGCUGCUACAUCUGAAGAACCAAUUCCGGAAAACACAACUGAUAGAUUUCCUUUGCUUAUGGAGCAGGGAGGAAAUUGUGAACACAAUGAUCAUGUUAUAGAUAUACAAUGUCGUAAUCAUUCAUUUUCAGCUUCACCUAACAAUGAGGUUCCUAGCUUGAAUGCACCUCAUCAUGAAGUUCGACCAUCAGGCAGUCAAUUUCCUCUUCCAUCAAAUGUAUCAAAUUCUCAUAGUAGUCUCACAAGGAGAGGUGAAGGUUUGGGUCGUCGGUGGAGUCCUUUUAAUACAAUGUUGUGGAUUUCCAUUGAGUUAGUAUUCUCUUUAGGUCAAAUUACAGCUGCCAUUGUUGUUUUAUCCUUAUCAAGUCAUGAAAAUCCACAAACUCCAUUGUUUGCUUGGAUAGUGGGUUAUGCGGCUGGGUAUGCUGCAACACUUCCUCUCCUGUACUGGAGAUAUCGUCACCGUAAUCAGGUGGUCAGUAACCCGAGGUCAACUUCAUUGCGUCAAGCCUCUAACCGAGUAAAUUCCACCUCAGAUCCUAAUUCUUACAUUACUAUUUCAUUGACUCGGUCGGCAGAAGAAGAUGGCCAGAAUGUUCCAAAUGCAUCAUCCUCCACGGGCAUCUGGAAUCAGCAAAACAAUGAAACUCAAAAUCCUAGGAUUGUUUCAUUUAUGGAACACUUCAAAAUGGCAUUGGAUUGCUUCUUUGCUGUUUGGUUUGUUGUUGGAAAUGUUUGGAUCUUCGGGGGGCAGUCAUCGUCUACCGAUGCUCCCAAUCUGUAUAGGCUUUGUGUAGUUUUCCUUACAAUUAGCUGUAUUGGGUAUGCAAUGCCUUUCGUCUUGUGUGCAAUGAUUUGCUGUUGUCUGCCGUGUAUCAUAUCACUAGUUGGUGUCCAUGAAGAUAUGAAUGGAAUUAGAGGUGCAAGUGAAGAAUCUAUCAAUGCCCUGCCAAUGCACAAGUUCAAUCUAAAGAGUCAUUGCAGUGUUGAAGACACUGACAUUGAGGUUGAAGAUGGUGGUUUUGUAGCAGCCGGAACAGAAAAGGAGCGUGUCAUAUCAGGAGAAGAUGCAGUUUGUUGCAUUUGUCUGUCUAAGUAUGAGGAUGAUGAUGAGCUCAGGGAGUUGCCUUGCUCACACUUCUUCCAUGCACAAUGUGUGGAUAAGUGGUUGAAGAUAAAUGCAUCUUGCCCCCUUUGUAAGUUUGAGAUUGAAGUGGAGAGUGAAACUUCAACAUUUCAGGCAGAAGUGACUCAACAAGUUUAAAUUGAAUUUUGAGAUUGAAGUGGAAAGUGAAACUUCACCAUCUCAGGCAGAAGCAACUGAACAGGUUUAAGUGAAGUUUGUUUAGGGUAGGUACCUGGUAAACAAAUGAGAAUACUGCGAUUAACGCAUCUCUGGUUUAUGGCAAUGAAAUCCCUCUUGUACAGUUUUCUAAGGUUCAAGUCAGUUCGAGGAUUUAAAUGAACAAAAGUGUCUGUCAAUAUAUCUGAAUUGCGUUUAUCACUGUCCUGAAGUUAAAUGAGUGUAUACAUGUUCUUAAAAUUUAUUUGUAAGGGAGAACAUAUGUGCCCAAUUUUUUUGAUGGCUAAAUAUCAACCUAAACCUGGCUUUCAAUUGUGUCUGA